AAGAGGUCCUGGUGGUGAAAACAGGAACAUUUGCAGAGCGAUAAGUCGUCUGUUUAAAAAAAAGGGAAGAAAAUAAAAGAAAAAGGGGAGAAAAAAAGAAAUUAGCAUAAAAUUUUUGAAUUUAGCGAACUGCAGUGUCGCGCGCAUGACCUGACCGUUGAAAGCGCGAGCUGUUUUGAAAUUUCGGGCUCUCACGAGCUAAGGCUCAUUCGCUAGUUAGUUAGCGAGCUAGCUAGGUAGCUAGCAAUAGCUGCUCAGCUAACAGUCAUAAGAAUAACAACAGGAAUGAGCUCCAGCACUAAAGUGGUCCAGGUGACCAACGUGUCCCCGAGUGCGACCUCGGAGCAGAUGAGGACUCUGUUCGGCUUCCUGGGGAGCAUCGACGAGCUCAAACUGUUCCCACCAGAUGAUUCUCCCUUGCCUGUGACUUCCCGUGUCUGUUUUGUAAAGUUCCUCGAAUCUGAAUCAGUUGGCGUUUCGCAGCAUCUGACGAACACGGUCUUCGUGGACAGAGCCUUGAUCGUCGUCCCAUUCGCCGAAGGAGUGAUCCCUGAUGAAUCCAAAGCUCUGUCGCUGAUGGCUCCAGCCAACGCCGUUGCAGGAAUGUUGCCAGGCGGCGGGCUUCUCCCCACACCCAGUCCAGUGCCAUCUAUUGGUGUUCCUCUUGGCUCUCUGAGCGGACCGGGCAUGGACGCUAUGACUGCUUUAGGCAUGCCUGGACCCAAUAUGAACCCUCAGUCUUUGUCAGCGGAGCAGAUUAUGAAGCUCAUGGCAUCAAUGGAUCCCAAGUUAAAUCCACUGGCUGCUGGAUUAAACCUAAACGCUGGACUAAAGGCAGACGCGUCAAACAAGGAGAUCGAGGAGGCCAUGAAGAGGGUGAGAGAGGCCCAGUCUCUGAUCUCUGCUGCCAUCGAGCCUGGAAAUAAGAAAGAUGACAAAAGGAAGCAUUCAAGGUCAAGGUCAAGGUCACGGAAGAAGAGAUCGAGGUCUCGCUCCAAAUACAGGCGUUCCAAGAGCCGGUCACGGCGGCGGUCUCGCUCUCGGAGCAAGAGGAGGUCAAAGAGCCCUCGGAGGAGGAGAUCUCACUCUAAAGACAAGAGGAGGCGCUCCAGGUCACGAGAUCGGAGAAAGCGCUCGAAAACUCCACCGAAGAGCUACAGCAGCGGCAGACGCUCCCGCAGCAGCAGCCGUAAACGCCACAGGAGGAGCCGCAGCAUCUCCCACUCGCCGAAAAAGUCCAGAUCUCCAAAGAGGAGGCUCUCUAGAUCUCCGUCUCCCAGGAGGCAUAAGAAGGAAAAGAAGAAGGACAAGGAGCGCGAAAGAGACCGGGACAGGAAAGAAGAGCAAAGCCGGGACAAGAUAGAACGUUCCAGCAGCAAGAAGAGCAAAGACAAGGAGAAGGAGCGAGACAGGAAGUCAGACGGCGAGAAGAGCGACGUGAAGGUGAUCCGGGAUUAUGACGAAGAAGAGCAGGGCUACGACAGCGAGCACGAGGAAGAGCGGGAAAGGAGCCCGGAUAUGGCGCCGUCUCCGCGCGCCGACGACGCUGGGCGAGGAGAGUCAGACCAACACAGCGACGAACAACAGGACGAAGACAUGGACAUGAGUGACUGACGGCAUGCACAGCAGCAGCACGCGAUUCUGACGACACGCCUUUUAGAAUAAAUCUGCUCAUGUAACAUUUACAGUUCUAAAUGAAACGCGUUAGUUUGGCCAAAAGUUAAUUUAAAUUUUUUUUUUUUUUUUUUUUUUCCUCUUACAGCAAAUGUAGUCAGUCGGACCCAGACGUGUUUAGCGUCCACAGUUCGCACCUUGAGUUUUGUACUGGAGUCCAACAGCGUGUUUUGACGCGCGUGUGCGAGAUGAUUCAGGUGUUCAGACGUCCGGCUGAUCUGCUACAUUUGGAAUAAAAGGAAUAUCACGAUUAAAUAUGAUGCUAUGCCUGAGGGGGGAAAAAGGCAGGAUAUUUUCCAUCACACUCACUAGAACGUUCUUUUUAUAUCACGACAUCGCCAUCCGUACUGCUGUAUAAUGUAGUUUUAAUUCUUUUAACGUCCUGCCGUCAUUCUUAGCCGCCGCCGACGACGACUUUUUUUUUUCCCCCCCUCAGUGUAAAAAUAUAAUUGGGAUAUUUCUGAGCUGAUUAGUUCUUCACUUUAAAAGAAAACUGACUCGCUUUCCAUUUCACACGUGAUCAUAAUAUAUAAUUAUCUGACGUGCUGCGUCUGACACUACUUACCGUCGAAAGCUGGGGAGCGUCUGCAGAAGUGCUGCGGAGAAAUCACUGCACUUAGUGCUCGUUUUUUUUGUUUUUUUUUUAUUUCAAGUUACGAUGUUUAAUUUUACUGUGAAUAUUACUGGCCAAUAGGCUUGAAUUAUUUUUUUUUCCCUUCUUCCCUGCUUGAAAGUUAUCCAUUUAAAAAUGUUGAAAUAAUAAUAAUCAAUCAAUCAAUCAUCCAGAACCAACAGGAACAGGGGAAAAAUAUUUUUCAGGAUUGAGUGAUAUCACUGAAAAUGUGUUAUAUCUCACGAGUCGACUGCUCAGAUUUUUUUGGGGUUUUAAUUUAUCCCCCGUCCCUAGAUUGUAGGUGGUUUUUUUUUUUUUUUUUCCCCCCCCUUUUUUGGAGAAUGGUUACAGUUAUGAUUUGCAGUGUUGUGAAAGUUGAAAAUAAAACUUUGUCUUGUGA